AUAAGGACUGUGGGAUACUGCGGAUACUGCAUGGCAUAAAAACUGAGACUAUUUUAGUUAUUGAACUUGUGAGAAAAAGUAGAAAUCCUCCCUCAUUUGUUUUCAAGUUGGAAAAAAUGAAUACAGAAAGACCUUUCCAGCAAUAUUUUAGCCCCUACGCUUUUAACGGAGGGACUGUUCUUGCGAUUGCUGGAGAGGAUUUUUCUGUCAUAGCAUCAGACACUCGGUUAAGUCAGGGCUUUUCCAUCCACACCAGGGAUAGUCCAAAGACCUACAAACUUACCAAUUCAACUGUUCUUGGCUGUGCUGGAUUUCAUGGGGAUUGCCUUACACUGACCAAACUUAUUACAGCAAGACUUCAGAUGUAUGAACAUGAACAUGGAAGUAAAAUGAGUUGUCCAGCCAUUGCUCAGAUGUUAUCAACUGUUUUGUACUACCGCCGCUUCUUCCCUUAUUAUACAUACAACAUUCUGGCAGGAUUGGACAGUGAAGGUAAAGGAUGCGUUUUUAGUUUUGAUCCAGUGGGUUCUUAUGAAAGAGAGACUUACAGAGCUGGGGGGUCUGCUUCAGCCCUUCUGCAGCCAUUACUUGACAAUCAGAUUGGUUUCAAAAACCAGCAAGAAGUAACUGAAGUUCCACUGACCAAAGAGAAAGCAGUUUUUCUGGUAAAGGAUGUAUUUACUGCUGCUGCUGAGAGAGAUAUCUACACUGGAGAUGCAGUAGUUAUCAGUGUUAUCACUAAAGAUGGCGUCACACAAGAAGCCUUCCCACUCAGAAGAGAUUAAUAAUUGUUGUAGUUAACAAUUUUGUGUGCGUGUCAGCCUGUUUCUAAAAGUGCACCGUAGAUCAAAGGAUUUUAUCCUUUUCUUCUCUCUAUAUUGUUAGUCUGUAUCAAAAAGCGUUUGAUUAAAUGCACCGGUAGAUGCU